UCGGUACCGACGUGUUGUACCGACGUGUUGUCCGGUACCGACGUGCUGUCCGGUUUGUGUUGACAGCCAGGCCUACCCUAACCCUAAGCUAACGAGCUAACGAGCUAGCUGUCGCCGUUACUCGCGGAGGUGACGGAAGUGAACGGUCAGGAACACCUUCCACACCGGGAGCGCGCGGCGCAGGCCCGACGUCUGCUGCCGUCCCCGUGGUGAACCGGCACCGGGAGGAGGAGGAGGAGGAGGCCCAUGUAGGAGCAGCGGGACGGACGCACGCCUGGCUCGGGCAGCAGCUCCUCCAGCUGUAAGAUGUGGCUGAAGAUGUUCUUCCUGCUGCUCUACUUCAUACUGCUCUUCAUGCUGGCCAGGAUCUUUGAGGCCGUGGUCUGGUACGAGACCGGGAUGUUCGCCACCCAGCUGGUGGACCCGGUCUCCCUCAGCUACAAGAAGCUGAAGACCAUCCUGGAGUGCCGGGGCCUGGGCUACUCCGGACUGGCUGAGAAGAAGGACGUCAGCGAGCUGGUCGAGAAAUCAGGAGAGUUGACUCAGGGCGAGCUGUACUCAGCCAUCAAGAAAGAGAAGGAGCAGACGGAGGCAGGAGACGCCAUCACAACUCACUUCAGUGGAGAGAUGCACUUCUAUGAAUUAGUGGAGGACACUAAAGACGGGAUAUGGCUGGUUCAGGUCAUUGCCCAGGACCGGGAAGCCCUGCUCAGUCAGUCCAACUGGGGGAAGAUGGUGCAGAAAGUGUCUCAGUUUGGGAUCAGAACUGGAACCUUUAACUGCUCUAAUGACUACAGGUCAUGCAUCAAGCGUGGCUGGCAGCGCUCCACCCUCGUCAUGUCCGUUCCUCAGACGUCAGCGUCAAAGGGCAAGGUCAUGCUGAAGGAGUACGACGGGCGACGCAUCGAAACGGAGCACAUCUUCCGCUGGAUGACCUCACACGUGGCUCAUCGAAUCAAAACCCUGCGUCGCUCCGAGCAGCUGGCGGAGGAGUGGCGCUCCGACCCGGCCCACCCGGUGAAGAUGUUUCUGUUCGCCCAUCUGGCCCAGCCGCCCGCCUUCUUCUCCGCGCUGUCUGUCAAGUUCACCGGCAGGAUCGAGUUCAUCUUCGUGGAUGUACGUCACUGGGACGACCACAGCAUCCUAUCGGAGAUCGAUGUGACACAGAGCCCCGCCUACAUUCUCAAGACGCCCGAGGGCAUCUAUCGCUAUGGCAACAGUACCGGGGAGUUCUUGUCCCUGGCUGCCAUGGAUACUUUCCUGCGUUCGAUCCAGCCGGAGGUCAAUGAUCUGUUUGUCCUCAGUCUGGUUCUGAUCAACUUGCUGGCCUGGAUGGACCUCUUCAUCACACAGGGGGCAACCGUGAAGAGAUUUGUAGUUCUGAUCCGAACACUUGGAACCUACAACUCCAUACUGCUGGUGUCCUGGCUUCCUGUUCUGGCUCUCCUCCAGCUGCCCUAUCUGGACACUCUGUACGGUUACAGUCUGAAGCUGCUCCGGUAUGCCGACACCACCACAUUGGCCAGCCUGGUGAGAGCUGACUGGACCUUCUACUCAUCCCACCCGGCCCUCUUCCUGUCCACCUACCUGGCCCACGGCCUGCUGGUCGACUACUUUGAGAAGAAACGCCGCUGCGGCAUCAGGACCCAAGAGGACAACACCACCAACCUGGAGUGGCUGGCCAGCCUGUGGGACUGGUACACUUCCUACCUGCUCGUCCCAAUCGCCUCGCUGCAGCAGGUCCCGUCAGACCACUCCGACUGGGAGGAUGACCACCACUUCAUAUUAGAGCGUUUGGCUUUCCCCGAUCUCUGGCUUCGCCCUUUGAUAAACAUGGACUAUAUUAAAGCCCUGCCCACCUGGAGGUUCAGAGUUGUCGGUGAGGACGGGGAGGGGAGGGGGAGUGGUGGGAGGCUGGAGGAGGAGACAGAUAGUUCACAUUCAGACACAGAGAGCAGGGAGCAGAUGGAGUCCCCUCCACACAAGAGGUCAUUGUGCGACCAGGACGGCAACGGGCAGCUGUCUGCCCGCAACGACACGGACGCCGACAGUAGCUGUCCGUCCUUCUGCUGUCGCCAUGGGAACAGAGGCUCAUCCUCCGCCGACGGGCCACUGACAGAUUGGUCGACGUGGCCCUGUGGCGUGCUGCAGUGCUCCGAGUGCGUGGUGUGUCUGGAGAACUUCGUGGAGGAGGAGCUGCUGAUGGGUCUGCCCUGUGGCCACGCCUUCCACCAGCACUGCAUCGCCGUGUGGCUGGCAGCGGGCAGACACUGCUGCCCGGUGUGCCGCUGGCCCAGCUACAAGAAGAAACAGCAGAGGGCUGCUCAGAGCUCUGCUGAAAACACACUGCAGGACUGAAGUAGCGGCAGUUUGUACACUACCGGCCCAUCAGCUAACAGCAGACAGACACGGUAGGAGACCAGCUGAUGAACAUAGGGGAGCAUGUAGCAGCUAAAGACACAGAUAUUUCCCUGAGGAGCUGGUGGAGGCCAAACCUGAGCUAAAAGGAGAGUGAAUAUUGGACACAAACACAGCUCCGAUGGGACGGUCCUGUUGCUCUGUGUCUGCUGUUAGUGGAUUCACCUUAUCAACUUUAUGGGAUGAUGAUAUGUCAGAUGUUGUGUUGAGAGUUUGCCUAAAUAAUAAAUAAAUAAAUAAAUGAAUGCACCUUUAACAACACAGUGGUAUUAUUUAAUCAAUUAUGUAUCAUGACUGACCUUAAACAAUGCUGCAGGUUUAUUUAAUUGAAUAUAGUUUUCAACACUACACUACAGUUGUAUUUUCUUUAAUCAGGGCAAAUGGAUUUAUAUAUUUAUGUUCUCUGUGAGCUAACAGGACACAGUGCAUGUCAUGGUGCCUCUACCAGGGCGGAGUUCGUGAGACAACCUGAUAUCAAUCUAACACGGCUCGUAAGGACGUGAGCUUCAGGGACGUUAGGGAGCAAAAAAGAUUCUGAGUGGAAGAAAAGACUGCUCAGUGUCUGUGCUUUUAUUUUUCCUUCAUGAAUCUCCAUGUCGACUGCCAGGAGCUGAGCUACUGUCAGGAUUCUGCCGAUGCCUUGCUCAUGGGCAACUUGUUGUGCAGUAAUCAA